AUGGACACCACACCCAACAGCGACGUCACACCGAAUCCCACGGUACCCGAACCUGUCAUCGCUGCCCUCAAGCUACCGGAGUUUUGGCAGUCGGACUCAGAACUGUGGUUUCUGAGCGUCGAUCCUCUCUUCCGACGACAUCGAGUAACAUCGCAAACAGCAAGGUACGACUACGUCAUCGGAGCUUUUCCACCUGCUGUAAUCGCCAUCGUAAGGGACAUUCUGCGCUCUCCGCCUUCUGACACACCCUACGACACUCUUAAAACAGAGCUUAUACGCCGGACAACCGAGUCGGAACAGCGUAGGCUGCAGCAGCUACUCACCGCGGAGGAGCUCGGUGACCGAAAACCCACGGAGCUUCUGCGUCGCAUGCGGCACCUGAUUGGGGACCAGUCUGCUGCAUUGGACGCAUCCAUUGUACAGGAGCUCUUCCUACAGCGACUGUAA